AUGCUUGCUGGUUCCAUUCUACUUUACUACGUACCUUAUCGUCGAUUGGUUGAUAUCAAGAACAAACUUGACGAUAUAAGCGGUACUCACGUUCACUACGUGAAUUUAAUAAGACAUUUACUAAAUGUUGCAAAUUGCAAGCAAAUGUCCUGGAGCGCUUGGGAUAAAUGUACCGCUGAACAGCGAAAUGAAUUAGUUGAGGAAAUUCAAGUGAUCGACGAAUGCUCCUAUGUUCGUUAUGAAUGUAUUUCAGGCAUUAAUCAACAAUUAAUUAUAUUAUCAAUUAAUACAACUAUUGUUAAUGUUACUGUCAGGAACUUACCUGGAGAAAUCCUAGAAUCCUGUGUUGUUCACUAA